AUGAACAACCAGUUAGUGAGUGUUCAACUGGAAGAUUAUGUAAAAUAUAAAUCUAUUCAAAAAGAAAUUGAGUUGAUAGUAAAAGAAAAUAUAGUAAUAGAAGAAGAAAUACAGUCACGAGAGAAAGAGAUUGAAUAUUAUACUAAUAUGUUAAAAGAAAAAGAUGAAGAGAUUUCGUUGUUAUUUUCACAAACGAUCCAAACAAAAAGUGAGAAUGAAGUUAUUUCAGCAAAAUGUGAGAUAUUAAAAAAACAGUAUAAAGAGAUGAAUGAACCAUCAGAAGACUAUGAGACUAAAAAACCAAGAAGAGGUGUUGAACGAAAAAGGAAAGAUAAAAAAGAAAAACCUAAGAAUUUGAUUGAGAAGAUUGUGUCUGAAGAUAUUGUCAAAGCAAAAACACCAAAACCAAAUGAAGAAAUAGGUAAAUCAUGGGUUAUGGAAGGUUCAUCUCUACUCAAUGAUGAAUUUGGUGAAAGUGAUGAAAGUGAGAUUUCUACUGAAAAAACAAAACGUGUAAGAGAAAGAAAAAAGAAAGGAAGAGAUAAAAGAGAACGAAAAACUCGUCAAAUUAAGGAAGUAAAAGACUUUUCAUCUGAAUCAAAUGAAGUCCGACCAGAACCAAAAGAAGAGAUAAAAGAGGAAGUAAAAAUGGAAGAAGACGAAGAAGAAUGGGAAGUUUCUACAACAACAUUUGGAUCAUUACCAAUUCCUUUUAUCGUAAAUUAUAGUCUCAUUAUGGAAAUAAUAGGAAAUAAAUUUGAAAAACGAGAAGAUGUAGUAAUUUAUAAAGGUUAUCCAAGUAUUUUAACUUUAUCAUUAUUCAAAGAGUUUAGUAAGUUAAUCGAAUUAGGAGAUCUUAGUGAUACAACUGGUCUUAAUAAAAAUAAAGAAGUUUUAGAAAAGGCGUUAGACUAUUUUGAAAAAUGUAUUAAUUAUUUAGAACAAAAACGUAUCGCAAAAGGGUUGUCAAGGAAUCUCGUUAUCACAAAAGACAAGACCUCACAUGUUCAAUUCAUUGGUGCUGGGAAAAAGAAGUAA